AUGGACAGAGUAAAUAAGUGCAGUGUAUGUGACAAGGUCUUCACGGAAAAGUCCAACCUUACACGCCACAUGAAAAUCCAUGCACCAAAGGAGAACCAGUGUGAUGUUUGUGGAAAAAGCUUCACAACCAAACCCCAGCUGAACAGCCACAUCAAGCUGCAUCAGUAUCCAAGCAUCCCUCUGUACAGGCAGGGAGAGGCCAGGCUGCAGUGUACCGAUGCAGCUAGGGCUGUCAUAGAGGCUCCUAGGAAAGUUGUAGACCCUACCUACCUACCCAAAGCCCCACAAGACAGUGCUGUCGGAUCAACCAGUACCCAAAGCUCCUGACCUACCCUCAAUCCUACCACAACCAGAUCGACCUCAAGUGCAGUAUCAGCACCCUCGUCAUGUCACUGGGAGAAGACGUGGUGAGAAGCGACGGUAAGAUGUUUACAUCUUUACAGACAUUAAAUUAUUUGAGUAAGCUGUUUUCCUGAUUAAAAAUAAAAUAGUAAGCACUGACACAGAUAACUGGACUUAGGUCUAUUGAAAAGAACAUAGAUAGACUGUCCCAUUGUUAGCAGAUUUACCAUUCUGUUGAUGUUUUUGUUAUGGUUUCACUCAAACCACAACAUAUCUAGUUGGGCUUAAGUGACCUUAAAGUACAGUUAAUCACUAAUUAUAUUUUAAUGUGGCAAACAGCAAUCUAUGUGAUAAUUUAGUGUGAUUUUCCAUGUCACCACUAAAUAUUUUAUUUUCAAUGCUUUAAACAGCCAAUUAUACCUUUAAAUGAUGUGAGUAGUCUUACUGUGAUAACGGAAGUAAAUGCACGUUGAUCUUAUCAUUUUUAUGCUUUAUAUUUGCAGGUGGAAUUUUGAAGAGCCGGAGCCUAUGAACCGACCCAUUCAGACCUUAAAGACAGACCCUUUCAGCCCAAGCCUGGCACGGCCACUUUCAUCCGACCGUCAGUGGCAGGGGCACCUGUGCUUCUGGUGGUUCCAGCACAGCCACAAGCUCCAAACAUCAGCUUUAAUGGGCCAUCAUGCAGCCAGAGUUUCACAGUGGUAACACCGCCCGCUGCACCAACAAAUAAACCGGUCAUGCCCAACCAGUCUAGGAAGCCGUGCAGUGCUUGCCAAGUACCUCAGUGUGGUGGGCAGCGGAAGCGGUACACACCCUCCAAGGUGAAAGCUGCUGGGAGUAGCCAGAAGAUAUUCACCUAUUGCCCAGUAACUAGGAAAUCCACCACUAGUGGUUUUGAAGGUGUUGUGUACAUGAGCUAUGAGCAUUUUAAAAGUGUUGUAGAUGAGGAACUGGAAAGAAGAAAGAAUGAGGCUCACUUCUGUUAA